CCGACAAAGCAGUGUGUCUCCGCCUUAUUUUGCAGCCGUGACCCGAACAAUUUGCCUCCCGGUUGUCGAGAACGUCACGGCUAAAGGCGUGUUUGUGCGACUCCCAACCUGGCAACCCCCGCAGGAGCAGCCGAGCGGCUCAGUCUCUUCUUCGCAGUCUCAGCGCGCAAGUCGCAAGUCGGCCGCCUUCGGGAUCCGCGCUCGCCCGAACCCCAAAUCGGUUCCGCCUUUCUCAUCGCCACGUCAGCGUGAAGCACAAGAAAAGGAAAGCUGCCAUUGGCUGAGCGGAUGUUGAUGUUGGUCGCGAGCUUCAGUCACGACACAACCCCCUGAGAAAAGGCCGUUUAUUAGAAACCAGAACCAAAACACCUUUCGGACCCUUCCGUUGAACAAAAAGCGUGAGUGAGCCCUUUGGACGUCGCAUUCCCGAGCAAGUUGCAGACUCGUCGUCGCCGCGUGAACUUGCAGCUACCGACAUGGCAAAGAAGAACCAAAAGGACACCUCGGAGGUGGUGUUUGACACGCGCUCAAAGAUGGUCAUGUCCCAGGGAGGACCACCGGAAAGGAUGAAAGAGAAGAUCGGCGCCGUCAGGGCAGUCGUCCCCAACAAAAGCAACAAUGAGAUUGUUCUGGUGUUGCAGCAUUUUGAAAACUGCGUUGACAAGGCUGUGCAAGCGUUCUUAGAAGGCAGUGCAGUGGAGAUCCUGAAGGAGUGGAGCGUCACUGGCAAAAAGAAGCCCAAUAAGAAAAAGAAGCCCAAGCCCCAGCCGGAGGCCCCAGCAGAACCGGGCCCAUCUGAAGCCACGCCGCCUGAGGAAGCCAAGGACAAGACCAACGGCUUCCACCCCAACGGCUCACUGGCGGAGGGGGAGUCGCUCGACUCCCUGAGCGAACACCUGGACUCGGCCUCCGUGGACGCGUCGGAGCUGGACUCUGAAGUGACCGCAUCCGUAACUUCUGUUGCCAAAGCAGAGAGUCCGCCGGCGCAGAGUUCCCACCAGGGUCCCAGAGGCGGCAAGAGUCCCAGAGAUUCACAGCGCCAAAACUCCUCCUCGGCCCUCCCCGAUGGGCAAAGUCAGCAACGGCCGUCUGCAGGAAAGAAGAUCGCCCCCAACAUCGACCGCUCCGUGAAGGACCUGCAGCGAUGCAGCGCUUCGCUUACUCGCUACAGGGCGUUGGUGAAGGAGGAGAUGGAGUCGUCUCUCAAGAAGAUGAAGCAGACGUUUGCCGAGCUACAGACCACCCUAAUGGACAGAGAAGUGACAUUGCUGUCCGAAAUGGACAAAGUGAAAGCGGAGGCCAUGUCCAGUUUGAACGCUCGACAGAAGAGAGCCGAGGAGCUCCGCAGGCUGACGGACCAGUCGGCGUCCAUGUCUGAAGAGCAGCUGACCGAACUGCGGGCCGACAUCAAGCACUUUGUGAGCGAGCGCAAGUACGACGAGGACCUCGGCAAAGCUGUCAGAUUUACUUUCGACCUGGAGCCGCUGAAGACGAGCAUCACGCAGUUUGGAUCUGUUUACCACCCCCGGACGGGUUACUCCGAUCGGUCCCGUUGCAGCUCCACGUCGUCCUCGCUGGUCCACCCGAGUACUGCGGAAGCCCCUCCCGCCACUCAGACCCAAAGCCCCCCCAACCAGUUCCGACCCCCGCCGGCCAAACAGAUAUUCCAAGGCAACCGCCGCACAUUCCAGGGACAGGGUUACCAGUCCGGCGGCCAGCGGUACAGCAGCGGCUCCAACCACGAUCGGAACUCCGGACGCCCUGAUCAGCGUCAACGCGGCGGGGGCGGGGGUGACGGCGGGGCCUCCAACAGCUAUCGAGGGGGCUCCCGAGGCGGCGCCCCGUCGGCGUCCAACCAAAGCCGAGGUUCUCACAACGGUCUCCCUCAAAGGCUUCCGCGGAUGCCCUGCCCGUAGGUUGCGGGAGUAACCCCCCCGACCUCCCCCCAUUCACUUCAUUUAACUUGCACUCCCCGCCCGACCCCACCAGCGAUUGGAGUCCGCCAUCCUGAAGACAAGUUUCCAUAUUGUCAUCGUUCCCUUUACACCGACCCGUUCACGGGUAGACGAGUCGACGUGGGCGUCUCCUCGCCGUCCUCCGUCCGCUUGCGUGCACUGUGGAAGUGGAACUUUUCUUCUUUUUUCGUUUUCGUGUCCUCUUUCCGUCGAUGACGGAAUCGUUCCGAGGAAGCUUUUGGCACGAUUGCCGAGCUGCUGCGUAGCCAGAGAGAGCUAAAUCGUUAGCGUUAGACAACUCGAGUAGGUUGUUGCUGAGCUACGCUAAUUAGCUCGGACGGUUUUUCCCCAACCUUUAUUGAACCGAGGCGGGGGACAAAAAAAUAAAUAAAUCACAUCACCAAAUAAAAAUAAUGUACAGACGUCAGUAAUCUUGUCAAAGUACUCACAAAUUUACAGUUGGCUUUAGUUAAACACAUAUAUAUUUCAUAGUAGUUGAGUAUAACGCCUGUCACUCUAU